AUGAUCACGGCAAUGGUCCGCAAGCUGUGGUUCUUUGCACUGGUUUGGGGCAGUACUUCGGAGGAGUCUCGGCUGAUGAGGGCAGGUCCCGGCCGCGAGCUUGCCGGAGCCGUGUCGCUGCAGGUCCUUCCAGACGGCUCACUUGGACAUAAGCAUCCUGCGAGGCAAGUCGCAGCCGUGGGCCCGGGCCACCGCGAGGAUGCCCUGCAGCAGACGGCUGCGGUCCUUCACCACCGAGUCACGCACCCAUCACACCCUCGUCGAGAGUACGAUCCCAGAGCGGAGGAGAAGGCGUGGCACGAGCUCGAAGACAAAGGCACGAUGGGUGACAUGGAGGACUUGCCACUCGUUUCCGGGCCGCACGACUCGUGGGAGGGAUCUUCGAGCCGGCUGAAGCCACACUCCUUCGACUGGGAGCUGCCCUCUGAGAAGUGGACCUCCGCGCUCUCCUCGCCCGAAGGCGACCUGGCACCGGGCGCGCCCGGCGUGCAGGACGAAGCCGAGGAGCGGCGAACCGCCAAACGUCUUGUCAGGAACGUGGAUAACUCCUUGCUGGCCAUGGUGGUGCGCAUCGGCGAUGGUGUGGGCCCCAUUACGUACUCGAGGUCACCUGGAGUCCACCAGAGCUUGAACCGCGAGCUUCGGCAAAGACUCGUUACGCAGGACAUUGCUGCCGUCGGCUUCUUGCUUUUCGUCCUCGGGGUUGCUGUUUGGGUGAGCUGCCUGGGCGUCUACCAAUUCGCCGACGACCCGUCACAGGUGCUCUUCUACACAGACCCGAAGUAUGCACAGCAUCGGGUUCUCUGCACUUCUAGCGACCAGGAGUCUUUCCUGGAGGCCUUCAACACGCAGCCACACCGUGCCACGCUGCGCCUCAUUGGCAGAAGGUCUUCGACGAGGACCGGCGGGUGCUGCGAGCUCCUGCGAGGCUCCUUGGCCUCGGCGCUGGCGCGCGCGGCGGGCCGUUCCCGGCGCUUCCUGCUUCCGGGCCGCCGGAGGCCGGUUGCAGAUGCCGACAUCUUGUUCGACGUCUCCUUAGACCUCAGCUCGUUCAUAUCGGGUGAGGGCCAGCUGGCAUCCCAGGACGAGGGAAGAAAGCUGGAAGGCCAUCUGAUCAAUAACAAUCCACUCCAAGUGCUGGUGCUGAGGAAGCGAGUUCUUUGGGCCAACUGGGAGGAUAUGGCCACCAACAUCAAGCAGAAGCUUCGCGGAAUGGGAUUCCGUGGCGAAGUGGAAGUUCGCUUUGACUCUCAGGAGGACCUGCGGAUUUACAGGAACCUUCGAUGGCAGAAUUUUGUCCGCACGCCCAUCACCCACAUGCUUUCGGUGCUCUCUGGCAUUGGAGUAUUGUUUUGGGUGCCCUACCUCUACUGCCGCUCUGAUGUAGCAUCUUGGCCAGAAGAGCAGGAGAACGCCACACAGCUGAUCCAGCUCUUCAAAGAGCACGCCAGGAAGAAGGAUGGAUACCUAAGUAAGGAUGAGUUCAUUACUGUGCUUCAGAAGUAUCCUUGCUGCAACUCGGCCUACCACACCGUCUUCUUUGACCUUUUCGAUCGGAAUGAGGACGGCUUCCUGAGCGAGUCGGAUUUCCUCGGUGGGAUGCUGGCGGUGAGUCGGCGCCCCGUGAUGUUUGCCAUCGCAAGGCCAAGCUCCUGGGCCAUCCAAGGCGGCGCCGCCGACAAGAUCAUCAAUACGCCCACGCAGCCUCCUAACAAGAAGGCGAAGAAGGGCGAUGGCAAAGGGAAAGAGGAGAAAGCCGAACCGAAGAUGGCCAACGAGCUGGCGAAGAAUCAAGCGACGGAGGAGCAAAUCGAGGGCAUCUGCGAUCUCCUGCGCUCCAACAAGGUCGAGAAGGCGCUGCAGUUUGUCCAGAAGGAGCUUGGAGACGUGUCGAAGUCCAACUCCAUGUCUGUCAAACAGCUUGGCCAGCUGGUCAACGCCGUCGGCCUCAGGACACCGCAGGAGCUUGCGCUGAAGUUCCUGGAUGCCCUGGAUGCUUUGGGCUUGCCCAAAUUCCCUUCCUACGGAGCACACUCUUACUUCGGCCGCUUCGCCCGAUGGGCCCUGAGGGAGUUCUUGUCCGAAGCGGCAUCGGCUGUGGACCAGGCCACAGCGACUCCGGCGCACAUCCUCGAAAGGCUCGGUGUCUGCAUCCCCAUGAUGGAGGCAGCGCCGUCGGAGAAGAGCCCUUCGCAUGUCAUGCUGAGCCCUUGUGCUGGCUUGCUUCCGGCCGGUCACGGCUUUCAGCGUGGCGAUUGGUUGCUUUGCACCUUCCCGCCGACGGGGACACCGGGCAUCAGCGUCACCACCCGGGGCGACGUGAGCGUCGAAGCCGAGGUCGUGAACAUCACGCCGCCCCCUGGGCAAGGCAUUCUGGUGAGGAUGGUGGGGGAGCUCGGGAAGAACGCAGGUGAAAAGUUCAACAAGAAGACCUGCCGCGUCGAUCGCGUGGCCAACCAUGUCACUCUGGGCCGCCAGCUCAGCGCCCUCGUGACUCUUGGUGGCUCCACAGGAGAGAAAAAGCCUGAGCCCCCAGCGGAGGGUGGCAAGAAAGGGAAGAAGGGCAAGAGCAAGGAGUCCAACUCUCCUGCGUGGCUGAAGGACUUGGUCCUGGCAGCAGACAACGGGCUCAUGGGCCGCGAGGCGGGCCUUGCAGCCGUGGAGUUCCAGGGCGCCGGCAUCUCCCACCACUCCCCGCUGGUCAAGGAGUGCAACGACUCUCAGAGAGAGGCCUUGCUGGCUGCCGGCUGCAGGCGGCUCACUCUCAUCCAGGGCCCACCGGGUGCCGGGAAGACGACGACGGCGCUGCUGCUCGUUCGCGGCUGGACGGCUGCGCGACGUGGGCCUGUGCUUUGCUGUGCAGACAGCAACAUCGCGGUGGACAACUUGACGGCCGGCUGUGCGAAAGCGGGGCUCCGGGUCGUUCGGAUCGGCCGGCCGGAGGCGACGCGCUACGACCUCGAGAAGUUCAACCUCCUCGAGAUGGUGAAGGAUGCCAAAGCGCAAGAUCCAAAUGCGGAGGACAGGGGUCACUUCGCUCAUCAGAGGGCCAUUCUGGAAGAUGCAGAGGUUGUCUGCAGUACCUGUGCCGGUGCAGAUCAUCCGGUGUUACAAGGCAAAGAGUUUGGAUGUGUUCUUAUUGAUGAAGCCGGGCAGACAACAGAGCUGGCUGUUUUGGUUCCUCUGAUGAAGAUGAGAUCUGAUGGUGUGGUCACCCUUGUGGGUGACCACCGACAGCUGCCUCCGACCAUCAGCAACGUCGAUGUAGAUGUCGAGGGACUGGGGACCUCCCUUUUCGAGCGCCUGUCGUCCCACGGGGUUGAGCCCUUCAUGCUGGAUGUACAGUACCGCAUGCAUCCUGCAAUUGCAGCGUACCCUGCUGUGGCCAGCUACAAUGGCAAACUGCGUUCUGGAGUGUCUGGUGCGAUGAGAAAAGCUCCGCAAGGCAUCGCCUGGCCUUUGCCAGAGGCUCCGGUCACUUUCCUGCCCGUUGAGGGCAAGGAGAAGUCUGAAGGAACUUCCUGGUUCAACGAGACCGAAGUAGAAGCUGUCGAGGCGCUUCUGGGCAGCGCACUCGCCUGGAACGACAUUGCACCCACGGAGAUUGGCGUCAUCACGCCCUACGCAGCGCAGGCCCGGCUGAUCCGCCGUCGCUUGGGCUGUCCUCCGCCGGGCAAGAGGGCGGCUGCAGGGGCCGUGGGUGUCGCGUUGGUGGAGGUGAGCAGCGUCGAUGGCUUCCAGGGGCGCGAGAAGGACCUGAUCAUCGUCUCCACCGUCAGGGCCAACACCAGUGGCAAAGUUGGCUUCCUGGGCGACCCCAGGCGACUGAACGUCACGAUCACCCGCUCUCGCAGGGGCCUCGUCGUGGUGGGCCACUUCGACACCCUGGCAGCAGACGAACACACCUGGAGACCCUGGCUGACAUGGGCGCAGGAGCGUGGUCUGGUUGCUGGAUCCGAAGCCAGCAACCCAACAGCCGUCGGAGCCCUGAAGCAGUUGGAACUCCUGACGGAGGAUCAGCUUCUGAAAGCGCUCGAUGCGACGUACACGACGCAGAAGCAGUGCCCGCUGACCCCCCACAAGCUGGAGUCGCCCUCCGGCCAGCUGAGGAUGCAGUUCAUUUUCUUGUACUACGACCAGAACCGCAACGGCCGCUUGGAGGUGGAGGAGGUAGCAAAGAUGAUCGAGCACAUCCAGCAGCUGCGGGGGGAGAGCCAUGCCGAUGCCCUCGCCAACGCCAAAGCCCUCGUUUCCUACUACUCGGCGUCCUUCGGCUCCUUCGGAUUUGCAGCCUUCUACGACGCGGCGCAGAACAGGAUGCUGAACGGAACAUCGCCGCUCUUGCGCACGCAGCAGGAUCUCCUGGAAGUCAUGAAGCAGCACUCGCAGAGAUCGGGACCGGCAGGGUCCGAUGAGCUCGCGUCGCUCUCUUCCAUUGCCGGCCCCACCCCGGCAAAGGUAGCUGGUGCCAGCAAUGGCAGCAUGCCCUCGCUGCCCUCGAAAGCCGUGGCCACCAGAUCACAGCGAGGAGCCUCCAGCGAGUGGCGCUGGGGCGAACAAGGUGGGGUGCAGGCCCUGGCGCUCCGCGUGGUCAGGAAUUUGAUGGACAUGUCCAACGAGAAGAACCAGCCCAUGGCUGAAUGGAGGUACAAUCUUCAACUUGUCAGCACGCGCGAGUUCUACCUCCUGUGCGAUACUGUGGUGGAGCUCCUCCGCCAGGAAGAUUCCUUGGUGGAGGUGCGCUUCCCUUGUCGAGUCUACGGAGACAUCCAUGGGCAGCUACUGGACCUCUUGGAGUUCUUCAACGCCUUCUCCUGGCCAGACAAGCGGCGCGGAGACAUCUUCUCGAUGAACUAUGUGUUCUUGGGCGACUUCGUCGACAGGGGGGCCUAUUCGUGUGAUGUGGUUUCCCUGCUCUUUUCGUUGAAGAUCCUGUAUCCCCAACGGGUCUUCCUGAUCCGAGGGAACCACGAGGACCGUCUGAUGAACGUGAACUACGGCUUCCACGCCGACUGCACGAGGAAGUUCGGAAGGGAUGGCGAUGGCAUCUGGGAGCGUGUCAAUGAUGUGUUCGAGUUCCUUCCCAUCGCGGCGCUGGUGGAAGGAGCGAUCCUUUGCAUCCAUGGCGGCAUCGGGGACUCCAUUACCCAGCUGGACGACCUGCGCGGGAUCCCGAAGCCCAUUCAGGUUGUCGGCGAAAUCAACGAAAGGACCACCCGUCGAGACCGAAUGGUGCUGGACGCCCUCUGGUCGGAUCCGACGGACAACGACCAGGUCCUCGGCGUUCAUGUCUCUCCAAGGGGCAAGAACACCUGUCGCUUCGGCCCGGAUCGCGUGCAGGACUUCAACCGCCGGAACUCGUUGAAGCUGAUCAUCCGUGCGCACGAGUGUGUUCAGCACGGCUACGAGUACUUCGCCGGUGGUCAGCUGCUGACCGUCUUCUCGGCCACCAACUAUUGCAAUCAGCAUGACAACGAUGGAGCGAUGGUCGUUCUGGUCAAGGAUGACCGCACAGGGGAGGUGGUCGAACAUGCUCAGGUCAUCAAGAGUGGCACGGUGGACACCUCCUAUGGCUGGAACGACCAGCAGUUUCGAGCGCCCUCACCGAUGCGACGAACAGGGCAUGGGCACUGA